CUCGUAGGCUGACAAACUGGUCCAGAUUCAUUCCCCCCAAAUAAAACGAAUCUAACCCGUCUUCGUCAAUUCCACGCCUUACCCUCAUCUCCAUUUGCAUCGUGCGAUUGAUUUUGGGCGAUUAGGGUUUUACAGAUUUCCAUGGAAGCUUCUACCACAACCUCAACCUCAACCUCAACCUCAACCUCACGACGAUCCAAUUUGCGAUACUGUUCUUGUAACUUCUUCAAACGCUCUUGUCGCUGUUUCUGUUGCUGCUUUUAUUGAAAAUUCAAUUCAAUCUCUCAUCUAGGGUUAGGGUUUUGUGGCCAUGGAUUUAUCGCACUCGCAGUCGAAUCUCUCUCUCGGGUUACUCUCUCAUUCGUCCGUGCCUUCGACUCACCGGUCCCAAAUCGCCGACGAUUCUAUCUCGUUUCAGGUCGAUUCGAGCUGUAGCGAUCGCUCGAUUCCGGUGACGUCGAUUCCGCUGCAAUUGAUGGAGCCGCAGACGGAGAAUUACGAGAAUGAGGAGGGGGAGAGUGAGGAUGAGGAGUUUCGGAUUUUGGGUCAUUCGAUGUGUUUGAAGAGGAAGAGAGAUGGGGAAUCAGCGUCGGCUUCGUCGUCGUCUUCGAAACGGGUUUUGAUCCAUCAAGGUCUGGAAUGGCGGAGGAAUUCGGUUAGGGCUUGGGGGAAUCAGCCGCUCAGCGUUGCGGACCCUGAUGUUUUUGGGAUUAUGGAGAAGGAGAAGCAGAGGCAAUUCAAAGGGAUUGAAUUGAUAGCUUCUGAGAAUUUCGUGUGCCGGGCAGUAAUGGAAGCUCUGGGGAGCCAUUUGACGAAUAAGUAUUCUGAAGGAAUGCCCGGGGCGAGGUAUUAUGGUGGUAAUCAGUACAUUGAUGAGAUCGAAACUCUCUGUUGCGAGCGGGCUUUGAUUGCUUUUGGUCUUGAUUCGGAGAAUUGGGGUGUAAACGUUCAAUCAUAUUCUUGUACAUCGGCGAAUUUCGCUGUUUACACAGGUUUAUUAUUACCCGGGGAUCGAAUAAUGGGAUUGGAUACUCCUUCUGGUGGAAAUACUAGUCAUGGGUACUAUACACCUAAUGGUAGGAAAGUUUCUGGGGCUUCAAUCUUUUUUGAAAGCCUCCCAUAUAAGGUGAACCCACAGACUGGGUACAUAGAUUAUGAUAAACUUGAAGAGAGGGCACUUGAUUUUCGCCCAAAGAUACUUAUUUGUGGUGGGAGUUCGUAUCCUCGGGAGUGGGAUUAUGCAAGGCUUAGACAGAUUGCUGAUAAAUGUGGAGCUGUAUUAUUGUGUGACAUGGCUCAAAUUAGCGGUCUUGUUGCGGCUAAGGAGUGUGUAAACCCCUUUGAUUAUUGUGACAUUGUUACCUCAACAACUCAUAAAAGUCUACGAGGCCCCAGGGGAGGUAUUAUUUUCUACAGAAAAGGUUCGAAGCCAAGGAAGAGAGGGAUGCUUUUGAAUCAAGGUGAUGGUAGUGACAGUUAUGACUUUGAGGAGAAGAUAAACUUUGCUGUUUUUCCAGCCCUGCAAGGUGGACCACACAAUAAUCACAUUGCUGCCCUUGCUAUUGCCUUGAAACAAGUGGCUACUCCUGGAUACAAGGCAUAUAUGCAACAAGUGAAGAAAAAUGCUCAGGCUCUGGCAGCUGCUUUAUUGAGGAGAAAUUGCAGACUGGUAACAGGAGGCACUGACAACCAUUUGGUACUUUGGGAUCUAAGAACUCUUGGACUAACAGGUGACAUGAUAUUUAUAGAUUAUUUGUAAGUAAUUUAUAGAUGAGACAAGAGAAAGUAGAUACUGAGCUAUGUCUAGCUGCAGUACAACUUAUGUCUCUAUGUGGUUUCAACCACCCCUCGAAAGGAAAGGGCGAAAAGAAAUAAAAAAUAAAAACCAGAAUACAUGAAAGGGGUUGAAUAAACUGAAAGAUGACAUUGCUGUGCUCUAAUAAACAGAAAGGUGGACAUUCCAAAAGCAAUUAUACAUAUUUUAAAAUUGCGAACGUGUGUCUAUUAGUGUCCAUGAGGUGAUGUUCAUUGUGUGCACGACAUGGAGGUGGUACCUUCAUAGAAGUGCCCUUGCUUAACUUUCGUACCUUAUUUUGUUUUUUGGAAAAAAAUGUCCCCAAAUUUCGGAUUUGCCGAGAAUUGUGAUAAAUUCAAUACCAUUUAGAGAUGCUAAAAGUGUUCACAAGCAUUUGAUCACCACCAAGCAUUGUGAUGAAUUCUGUAUGUAGUCAAAUGUGCUAAUCCUAAGGGGUCUUUUGGGAAGUGGGGUAUAAUCCAAUUCCCAGAUUAUAACCCACUUCCCUCUCUCACAAAAAGCUUAUUAUAAUCAGCUUUUAACCAAAAAGCUGAUUAUAACCAUCUUCCCAAAGAGUAACUUAUAAACUUGCAAUUGACUCUGAAUCCAAGGGAACAAUCUGGAAAUUGGGAUAUGUCUUCUUGUAACAUAAAUGUGUUGUAUUAUUUAUAAUGAUUUAAUCCUUGUAGAUGAAGUGUUAGAGGAGAAUGGUUAACAGAUUGUGGGGGGCAAGAACUUGAGUCCUUUAUAGGUCGCAUUACACUCCCUGAUGAUUGAUGGGGCCCUUCUGGUUGUUGGGGCUGCUUUAUUGCACCCUCUCUUUCUGGAUGUGUUUUUGUGUGCCACAUGUUGAGACUAAGUUAGCUGCAGUUCAUUAUGUAGCAAUUGUUUCUGUAAUUUGAUGCUUUGUCAUCUUAGCAGGUCCUAAUCUUUUGUAUCCAU